AUGGAAGACACGCCGUCAAGUAAGAGAAGGGCAAACGAAGAUUUAUCAAUGUUGACUCCACCAACACCCAGAGUGAAUUCCUUCACUCGUAAGUCGAGCUCAAAUGAGGAAACCACCAAAGUGUCUUCAAACUAUAGCGAGUCGUCCGCGACUACCAGUAGAGUUACCCCACCAUCAACCGCAUCACCAUUGAAACGUUCACGAGAUACCAUAUCGCCAGGGCCACAGGAAUUCCAUCAUGAUGGAAUCACAUCAUUCGCAACAGCUGAUCCACCAGUUACCGAUUUGCUCGCAGCUCCUGCCUCGUCUCCAUACCUUCUACAGGAACACCACAAUUCUACGAAGUCAUCAUCACGAUCUACGUCUCGCAAAUCCAGCUCUUCUGAAUAUCAAAACAAUACCAUUGUUGAUACCAUCCGUGAGCUAGGCUAUCGAAAAUAUCUGCAACUGGUCAACCUGCCACAAUUCCUUCCGCGGCGGCUGCAAGCAGCACCUGUGAUGCCACAACCAGUAACUUCUGCCCCGUACACACCAUCACCAAAGAAGAAGCAAAUACAAAAGCAGGCUCGCGCAGGCGUAGCGGUGAAGCCUUCCCGUGUCAAUCUACAAGCUCAACCGAAGAAGAGAAAGAUGUCUGAGGCUGGCGAAACCCCUCCGCAAGCUCAGUCCAUGAAGAGCAGGCGGUCGGAGGCUGACCAACGUCCUCCACAAGCGCAAUCCAACAAGAGAAAGCGAUCCGAGGGCGCGCAAACUUCUGUUUUCAAAACUCCUCCGGCCAAGAUCCGGAAGUCAGAAGAUCGGCUAGUGACAAAAUCAGAGGAACCACCAUCCAAAAGGGCCAGGACUGCCCCACCAACCGCCACUCAGAUUAAAACUACUCCUACCAAACCGAAGACUCGAAAGACUCCCAAGAAGGCCACCAACAUUGGUACCAGCAAGCCUGAGAAGUCGAGAACUAAGGAGCAGCGAUGGGGGGAUUAUCUCAAGAGCAUCGUGGGGGGAGAGAAGGAUGUCUACCAUAAACUUCCUGAUAUGGUUAUUCCUCCGCUGGGACAGUCAAUUGAUCAAGUCCCAGUUCGAGCGUACACUUUCAACAAAGGAAAGGUCCAAGACUACGGUGACGGUCAGGGCUUGCACGAUCGGGAGAUGGAACUGGCACGGGAAGUAGGACUGAGCUACGAUGCUUAUCGACAACAAAAGAGGAUGGCUUUCAUUGGGUAUGCUGCUAUGCAGCUGGAAGGGAAGAAGGAGUUCAAGAAAUCGCAUACGCAAUCAUUAUGCAAUAUUGAUGGCAACAAGGCAACUCAUCUUUGGAUUCAUUUUCAUGACUGCUGGGGUUGGAUGCCAGAAAAUCCCACCCCACCAAUCAACCCAGCGAGUCUCGGCGAUCUUCAACUUCCAGAUCUACACGUGGCUCAGGCGUCGCAAUAA